AUGGGCGCAAGCGCACGCCGACAGGAGCCGCCGACCUGCACGGUGCCGGCGAGUCCAGAAGCAGCUCCUGCCGAGACCUCGAACGAGGCGGAAGUGGUGGAGGUUGCGGAGAAGGUGCCGGAGCCAGCUCCAGAACUCACAACGAACUCUGUCGUUGAGUCUCCUGCCAUCAACCUCACGGGGGAGGACUGGGCCGCGUUCUUGACAUUGAACGCCUAA